GUGAGUGGACCUAGGAGACCAGACUGCUGGGAGCCACUGGGGAGGUAGUUGAGGCAGUCAGGCUGGGCAAGUCAGGUGUGCACCACCCUGGCCCAGUUCCUGUGCCCUGCCAUGAGAGGGGCCUAUUGGCUGGGGAAGGCAUGGGCGGGGCCAGGGAGCCCAGGGGCUGGGCCUGAACCAAGGAGCCAGAGUGCCCAGGAGGAGCCUUCAGACCUCAUACUGGACCAUGUGUGGCUGGGGACCCUGGUUGCUCCCCUGGCUGUGCCUGCAGGCCAUGGCCCUGGCUGCACCCCAGCCCCCCACGCAGCCCUACCAGGUGGUGUGGCCCCAGCGCCUGCCAGGACCUCAUGCCCGCCGAGCCCUUCCUUCCAACUCGGGUCAGUACCCAGAGGAUGUGAGCUACGUGCUGCAGGCCAGGGGCCUCAGCUUCACACUGCACCUUCGCAAAAAUAGGGACUUACUGAGCCCAGGUUACACAGAGACCUACAUAGGCGCUGAUGGUGUGGAGGUGACAGAGCAGCUCCAGCAGGACCACUGCCUCUACCAGGGCCAUGUGGAGGGUCAGCCAGUCUCAGCUGCCAGCCUCAGUACCUGCAACGGCCUCAGGGGUUUUUUCCGGGUUGGCUCUGCUGUGCACCUGAUUGAGCCCUUGGAUGGGGCUGAGGACGGGCAGCAUGCCCUGUACCUAGCCGAGCACCUGCUGCCCACAACUGGGACUUGUGGGGUCAGCAACAGCAGCCUGGAGAGCCUACAGGGGCCCCGGGUCUCAGCAGCCUUUAGGCCCAGGAACUGGCCGCUGACCCGGGAGACCCGCUACGUGGAGCUCUAUGUGGUCACAGACACUGCAGAGUUCCGAAAGUGGGGGAGCAGAAAGGCCGUGCAGAAGCGGGUGCUGGAAGCAGUGAACCAUGUGGACCAGCUAUACCAGGCGCUGAACAUGCGAGUGGUGCUGGUUGGCCUGGAGAUGUGGGAGCACCUGGACGCCUUCCGGGUCAGCCCUGAGGCCGAACGCACGCUAGACGCCCUCCUGGGCUGGCGAGCGCACCACCUGCUGGGGAAGCAGCCUCACGACAAUGUGCAGCUCAUCACGGGCGUGGACUUCAGCGGGACCACCGUGGGGCUGGCCAAGGUGUCAGCCAUGUGUUCCCAGAGCUCGGGGGCUGUGAAUCAGGAUCACAGCCCAAACCCGCUGGGUGUGGCAUCUACCAUGGCUCACGAGCUGGGCCACAACCUGGGCAUGGACCAUGAUGAGAAUGUCCAGGGCUGUCACUGCCCAGCACCCAGUGGGACUGGUGGCUGUAUCAUGGCCUCCAGCAUCAGCUCCAGGUUUCCCCGGAUGUUCAGCGGCUGCAGCCGCACCCAUCUGGAGACCUUCCUGGACGGGCCCCAGACGGGCUGUCUGGCCAAUGUUCCUGACCCCCGCCGGCUGGUGGGUGGCCCCACAUGUGGGAACCACUUUGUGGAACCAGGGGAGCAAUGUGACUGUGGCCCCCCACAGGCCUGCAGGAACCCCUGCUGCAAUGCUACCACCUGCCGACUGGCUGAGGGAGCCGCCUGUGCCCAUGGUGCCUGCUGCCAUGCCUGCCAGGUGCGACCAGCUGGUGAGCGUUGCCGCCCAGCCAAAGAUGCCUGUGACCUGGAGGAGCUUUGUGAUGGCCAGGAGCCCGAGUGUCCUGAGGAUUCAUUCCGGGAGAAUGGCACGCCCUGUCCAGAGGGCUUCUGCUACAAGGGGACUUGCCCCUCGCUAACCCAGCGCUGUCAGGAGCUAUGGGGGCCAGGUGCACGGGUGGCCAUGAACACCUGCUUCACCUACAGCAUCUCCCCCAGCUGCCAGGGUAGCUUCCCAAUCGGCUUGGGCAGGGCUGACAGGUGUGGCAUCCUGUUCUGCGAGGGGGGUCUGGAGCCCCCACUGCGCAGGUACUGCACCGUCACAUCUAGUGUGGCCACCUGCCAGGCCCUGUUCACGGACAGCAACAUGGCCUUCGAGGCUGUGCCCUCUGGCGCCAAGUGUGGCCCCAGCCAGGUCUGCUGGGAUGGACGCUGCCAGGGCCUCGAUGUCUAUAGAUCCAGGAACUGUUCUGCCAAGUGCCAUGGCCAUGGGGUCUGCAACCACAAGAGGGAAUGCCACUGCCUGGCAGGCUGGGCCCCACCCUACUGUGCGGAGCGGCUGGCUGCUGGGCCUGUAGCCCCCAGUAGGCUCCCGUUCAGCGCCCUGGUGGCUGUGGUGGUCCUGGCAGUUGUGCUGGUCGCCGUGGCAGCUGCUAUCAUCUACCGCAAGGCCCAGAGUCGUGGCCAUGGGAGGAGCCCAGCAUCCAAGGCCUCCAUGGGGAUGCCCAACCCGCUCUUCCGUCUGGGGGGUGAGGCCUUGGCCCCUACCCCAGGCCCUCCAGCCUCUCCCAACCUCCCCAGCCGACUGCCUAAGCCCUCAUCUUCCACUGGAACCCCAGCAAAGACAACUGUCUCCUAUGAGCUCAGACCUGCUCCACCCGCCAAGCCCCUUGUGAAGCCCAGGCAGGUCAUCAAGCCAAGCUCUGCACCCCCAGUGCCCCCGGCCAAGCCCAGGCCUGGAGCUGCUGACCCAGCCGUGACCCAGAGGACUGCUGGCCCGCCAGUUGCUCCAAAGCCCCCUGGGCAGAGGUGGUGAGAAAGAGCCCACAAGAGUCACACGCCACGUAUCUCAACCCUCAGCUCAGCUGCCUCUUGCCCCACGGGACAUCAGGGCUGAGGACCCAGCUCCCACCCAGCUGAGCCCCAGGCAUCCCUCUGAAGGGUGGUAUGCCGCAGCUUGGUGAGGAUGUCCAUGGCUUGGGUCCAGUUCCGUCCAGUUCUCCUGAACCUCGGGUGAGGGCCUAGCAGGGCUGGGCACCUGCAUGCCUUGGCUUGAAUAGCCCUGCUGGGCCGGUUUCCUGCUGAUGGCCCAGAAGACAGCCUGACACCCAAGGGCCUGGACCCCUGCAUACACAUGGAAAACCUGGACGGAGCUUUGGCCUGGUCCAGCCCUGGCAAUUGCGGCCAUCUGAGGAGUGAACCAGCAGAUGGAAGACUCUCGUCUCUGCUUUUACAGAAAUAACUAAAGAUGAGAACAUGUUACAUCACAGGGCAGAUCUAAUUAAAAUGCUCAUUUUAUCAACAAA